UUGAGGGCGACACACGACAGGCCCAGUUGACUGCACACACAGUGGACUUGAGUGAAAUACUUUCCAAAACAUGUUGUGUAAUUUUGUUUUUGGUUUUUUCUUCUUAUGGAAAUCGAUUGCAGUAAAUGGUCAGACAUUGGUCAGCGCAAGUGUGAUAAAGGAGGGAGGGACUUUUACUGUGACAUGUGACGCAUCACGUGCUGGUGUACCAACAACUGCUACAACUGUUGUGUCCUUGGUCAUAGGAUGGACAGCUGGGACAGCAGUACCAACAACUUUUGCGAGAUACAGGCUGUUUCCAUCUCCUUAUAAUUCUAAUUCUCCACCACAAACAUCACCCGCCAGAAAUUGGACUUUUAACUUCACUGGAAGCCAACGCGAAAUAUCUGCCACACCAAACAACAGGAACACGAUGAAAAUAGAAAUGGUGGUCUAUGAUGCUAGAUGUACAGAUGCUGGCUUGUAUUUCUGUAACGCUACUUACUUAAAUACAGUGGGAGAGGCAACACCAACAGCGCAGUAUCAAACUGUGACAGGCAUCACCCGGGUAGUUCCUAUGUCCCUGACUUUAGACCCCCAGUAUUCUGAGGGACUGGGUCCUUACCAGUCAGUCAAUCCUGCAGGGUCUAAUGUUGCUUUGACCUGUAGGGUUUACGGACCAAAAGCUUUAACCUUCACCUGGAAGUACGGCCCUUCUCGCUCUGACGUCAACAGUUUCACGUCAUAUCCUGUACAAAACGCUAUAUCAGUCGAUGAACCUGUUCAAAUCAGUUCUGGGACAACCUGUGUCCAGUACGGUCAUACGUCAACACUGAAGUUUCAAACAGAAGACAUGUAUGAUGGCUACAUGUAUGUGUGUGUGGCUACAGAAAACAAUGAAGACACAAUUGUUGGGAACAUAAUUAUAUACACUCAACAAGUCACAGCGCCACCAAGUACAGAAUCAGAAAACAACAAGAAUGGCGUCAACGUCUUGUACUCCGUUCUUCCAAUUGUUGCUGUAGUUGUUGUAGGAGCUGUUGUUGGUGUGGUAGUUGUUAAUUUGAGAAAAGGGUGUCCAAAUCGUGUCACAAAGAAAGCAAGUGAACCCAAGCCUACUACAACAACCACCAGAAGGACUUUACCUACACCACCUGAUAGCGACGGCUAUCUACAGGCUAUCGAUGUAAGAGAGACAGCAAGACACAACGCUCUACCAGAUGCUACCUACCCAACACCUGUAAUAGAUCAGAUUGCCCCGAACUAUUACAGCUCUAUUGACGACCCUCACUACAGCAUACAACGUGUGGCUGGUGAUCAGAAUUACCAGAACACGACAACAGGUCGACACAAUCGUACGAUGAAUGUAAACAAUGCUCCUCAAAACUCAGCAUCGAAUGUUAACAAAGACAGUGAAAACUAUUUGAUCCCAUUAGCAUCGAAUGUUAACAUAGACAGUCAAAACUAUUUGAUCCCAUCAGCAUCGAAUGUUAACAAAGACAGUCAAAACUAUUUGAUCCCCUUAGCAUCGAAUGUUAACAAAGACAGUCAAAACUAUUUUCUACCAAAAAAUGAGUUCAACACCGACCUAGAUAUCUAUGACACACUUGAUGACCUUGCGUCUGGUCAUCAAUAUUCAAAUGCUUAAUUUAAGCUCAAGGUUGCUAAACCGAAACGACUCGAGUUCAAAUCCUCGGGCAGAUGAGGCUCUUUAGGAAAGACAGCUCCAAAAUCAAGCAACUGCUGCCUUGUUGUUUGUUCUUGGUUGGACAAAGGCUAUGGAACCAAACUUAAAAAAAAAAGAAGGCUGAAAUCGGAAUUAAUAUCGCAUAAUCAGUUGACGAAGAACGAAGUAGAAGAUUCUGACUCAUAAUAAUAUAACAAACUAUUGUUUUUGUAAGUUUCAGCAAUUAUCUACCAUGUUAAUCACUCAUUUAUUGUGUCAAAAACAAUUAAUUAUUUGGAAUAAAAAAGCCUCAAGUAAAUAUCCUGCAAUCUGUAUAUUCAAAAUUUUCAUUUUAAAGAAAACAAUUGUGUUUUAUUGACUCAAUGC